AUGACCGCCGGGGGACCGGUGUUCCCACAGCACCUGCCCCGCAUGACCUCCGGCCGUUUCCGGCGCAGGAGAAGGAUGUGGGCGAUGAGCGGGGCGCUGCGGCCCUGGGUUCUAAUCUUGGCACGGUCCCCGGGAGCCCGGACCUACGCUGGGGGCGGGGGCGUCUCCUACACGCAGGGCCAGAGCCCAGAGCCUCGGACGCGCGAGUACUUUUACUAUGUGGAUCAUCAGGGCCAGCUUUUCCUGGACGACUCCAGAAUGAAGAACUUCACCACAUGCUUCAAAGAUCCGCAGUUCCUGGUCAUGUUCUUCUCCCGCCUGAGACCCAACCGCAGCGGGCGCUACGAGGCCUCCUUCCCCUUCCUCUCGCUCUGCGGCAGGGAACGCAACUUCCUACGCUGCGAAGACCGGCCCGUGGUCUUCACGCACCUUCUGGCCGCGGGCCCCGCGCCCCAGCGCCUCUCCUACUGCGGCGGCGGCGAGGCCCUGGCUGUGCCCUUCGAGCCGGCGCGCUUGCUGCCUCUGGCCACGAAUGGGCGUCUCUACCACCCAGCCCCGGAGCGCGCGGGCGGCGUGGGCCUGGUGCGAUCGGCCCUGGCCUUCGAGCUCAGCGCUUGCUUCGAGUACGCGCCAGGCGCGCCCGAGCUGCCCUCGCAUGUGCGCUGGCAGGGCCGCCGUUUCGCACUCACCAUGGACCUGGCCCCGCUCCUGCUUGCUGCCACGCCGCCCUGAACCGCGGGCCAGCAUCCGCUGGCACCCGC